AUGAAAAUGGCGGGUUUGGCGGUUCCCAGUGCUACUGGUACAUGCAGUAAGGUGAGACUAUUUGGUGUUGCAGCGACGAGGAGGAGAGAUGGGGUUUAUGGAAGGAGUAGGAGAGUAUCUAUUAGAGUGGGUGGUGUGAAAUGUAGUAUUAGUGGAGAUGUUGCUGAUAGAUCAGCCGUUAAUCUUGGGACGGGAACACCUGUUAGGUCAACCAACAUACUUGUCGUGGGAGCCACCGGCACUCUUGGAAGGCAGAUUGUGAGAAGAGCACUCGACGAAGGUUACGACGUCAGGUGCCUUGUAAGGCCCAGACCCGCUCCUGCUGAUUUCCUUCGUGAUUGGGGAGCAACUGUUGUCAACGGCGACCUUAGUAAACCAGACACUAUUCCCGCUACUUUGGUUGGUGUUCACACUAUUAUUGAUUGCGCUACUGGUCGUCCUGAAGAGCCCAUCAAAACUGUUGAUUGGGAAGGUAAAGUUGCUCUCAUACAAUGUGCCAAAGCUAUGGGAAUUCAGAAAUAUGUUUUCUAUUCCAUCCACAACUGCGAUAAACAUCCUGAGGUUCCACUUAUGGAGAUCAAGUAUUGCACCGAGAACUUCCUCCGUGAUUCUGGACUCAAUCACGUUGUCAUCCGCUUAUGUGGUUUCAUGCAAGGUCUUAUCGGCCAGUAUGCAGUUCCUAUCCUCGAAGAAAAAUCUGUUUGGGGAACUGAUGCUCCCACCAGAAUCGCUUACAUGGAUACUCAGGAUAUAGCUCGCUUGACUUUUAUAGCAUUGCGAAACGAGAAAAUCAAUGGUAAACUUCUUACUUUUGCCGGUCCGCGUGCAUGGACAACACAAGAGGUGAUAACAUUGUGUGAGAGGCUUGCUGGUCAAGAUGCUAAUGUAACUACAGUUCCUGUCUCUGUUUUAAGAUUUACUCGUCAGUUAACUCGCUUCUUUGAGUGGACAAACGAUGUUGCUGACAGAUUGGCAUUUUCAGAGGUGCUUACAGGUGACACGGUUUUCUCUGUUCCGAUGGCGGAGACAUACAAUCUGCUAGGUGUGGAUACAAAAGAUAUAAUUACAUUGGAGAAGUAUCUGCAGGACUACUUCACUAACAUAUUGAAGAAGUUGAAGGAUCUUAAAGCCCAGUCAAAACAAUCAGAUAUUUUCUUCUAA